CCUGAAGCGGUGCUCUUGAUCACCUUCGACUUCUUGCCGCGGCUCAGUCGGCUGUGCAACGCGCGGCGCUGAUAUUCAACUGUUCCGCGGCACACUUCGUUUUCGUCGAUCGUCGUAAAGGUCGCGCCGCGCGCGGGCCUCGCUCCCGGCUCGUUUGAUUGGCGGUGGUGCGGUGUGUCGUUCCGAAUGUGCAUCUAGUGUGCUAUGUGCUGUUAAGUGUGACGUAACCGGAGGAUAUUGCAGGUUGGACAGAUGAAUGUCGAUAGGUUUAGAGCGACGCGAUGCCGGUGUGUCGACGGAAUUAUUGAUACGAAUCGGUUUUCAGUAAUUGUUUGUGAUACUGUGAGAUGAAUUACAGUUUAGAUAACGUAUUCAAAGUAAAUGCGAUUUAAUAUGUAUUUGACAUUUUUUCUCUAGGGGAUUUAAAUUGCGCUGAACUGGUGACGACGUUGCGUAGAAAUGACAGUGCAAUCACGAAUGGUGCAAGCAAGUGAUAACGAAAGACAAUCAAAAUGAUCACGAUGACGAUCGGUGCCAGUGGAAAUGGCAACACUGGAAACAGCGGUCAACAACAGCGGAACGGGGCUGGCGGUGGCGGUGGAGGGGGUAAACCGCCCCCUCCGGUACCGCCCCGUCCUUCGAAAAGCGUAGUGGCUGAAGCAUUGGCGAAAAGCAGAGGGGGACGGACAGCACCAAGCAGGCAAGCACCGCCUCCGCCUGUGCCUCACCAACAGGAGGCCGGCGUCGUCAAAGGUCAAGAUCUGUCAAAAUCCGCUUCCUGUCACGCAGUGACGGCGACUCCCUCCCCAAAACCUCCGCCGGUCGAAAGGUCGAUCUCGGAAGAGCUAAAAAAUCGCCCUAGACCGGUUGUGUACCAGUCAAACUUGAAACUGACCGAAUUCGCUUCGAACAACAAUACGAAUAACACUAAGGUGCUAAUCACGACGAAAAGUUCGAACAGCUCGGUGACGAUAACGAGGAGCGAGUCUCAGAAAUCUGAGGAUUCGCGAAGGGCGAAAGUUGCGAGGAAGAAUUCGGCGAAUAGGAGGAGCUUCUGCGGGGAGAUUUUGAGGGAGAGGAUUGGCAGGCAUUGGGAGGAGCACAGCGACAAAGGUGUGAAAGAAGACAUUCCACCCAGUCCAAAACAAGACCCUCCUCCCCCUCCGGACCACACCAGCUCGAUAACCAUCCCAGAACCUUAUCCAGACUCGUCCGAAGAGAAAAAAUGGGAUCACACGCUCAGCGAUCGCAACCACGUCAACACGCUGAUCGACGAAAUGUUCGCGAGCGUGCUGGAAGUGAACCCCGAGGAACAACCGGAAGCGUCUGUCGAGGCGACCAACAAGGUUGUGAUAAACGGGGUGAACGAUAAGGACAGUGAGGGUAGUGAAGAGAAGACUGUGAUUGUGAUAAAGAGUGACGAGGAGAUGAGUCAGAAAGACGGGAGCGAAGAUAGACCAAAGCAGGUCAAGUUCAAAGACCAACUAAACCACGAGCUGCUCAUCGACGAGCUGCAGUGCAUGAAAAAGGACCAAGAGCAAAUCCUGAAACGUCAAAGGUAUCCGUCCGUGGACAUAUACGAACAGUGCAGUUUAUUUACUCAUAGUGACGUUUCUGUGAAAAACGGUAGUGAAAUCGUGCGCGCGAAUUCGUUAGGUGCGCAACAGAGACCCACAAGGUUGGAUUUGGUCAACGGGCCCUUGAAGAAUGGGAAGAAUUCGUUUACGAAAAACAGGGACUUCAAGAUUGACCUUGAAAGAAUGAGCUCGAUGUCGUCCCUCCACGGUCUACCGCCACUACCCAAGAGCCUGAGCGGCUUCAACCUCCCGGAUCACCCCCAACAUCUUCAGCGUGGCACCCCGACUACGCCACUGCGUUCCACCUCGGUGUCGUCCUACGCCAAAACCAACGGGGUUGCGUCGGAGUCUGGCGGUAGGAAGAACGGUCAGGCCACAUUGGAUGCGAAGUUGGCUAUACUCAGGCAGGAGAUGGUGAGUACAUUUUUAAAUCGACUAACUGAGGCGCUUUCCGAGCUUGCAUGA